GCGGCGCACUGUUCACACGUGGCUGUCGCUCCUUCUCUCUUGCCGAAAAGGGUGCGCGAGUGCUUAUUCGCGACCCUCCUGUGGGAUUAAACGCGAUUGACCUCACUACCGAGAACAGGAAAUGACGUCGUCGUCGCGGAGAUGAUAGCGCGAAUCGCACCGUUUGCAGCAUUGUCGGCGGAUGGACGUGCCAGCCGCUGGAAAGCCCGAAUCCGGAGGAAAGUACGAAGAAGCCGGUAAUCAUCAUCGUCAUCGUCGUCAUCGUCGCAAGCGGCGCAGGAGAGCAACUGAGUUGACAAAGGUCGGCCGAUUCGCGAAAAGGAAAAAGGAAAGAAAGAAGCGUGGGGCAAGCAAGUAAGUAAGCAACGACACGAUCAUUAGUUAAUCAUCGUGUUGCGGUCACUCGAGGCGAACGAAGAAGAGGAAGAAGAAGAAGUGGGAAAAAAGGAAGCAGGAGGCGCACCCAUCGGUGGGAGAGACGAUCAGUGAAGGAGAAAAGUCUCAGUUUGUCACUGGAGACGUAGACGACGUCCGGUUACGUGAAUGCAUCGUUCGCAGAUUUAGCAAGAGUGAUUGCUACUUGCACAUGAUAGACGCUAAUCUCGAUCGAGGAGACGCGAAUAUCGCUCUUCCUUUUUUUAUACUUUAUACCUUAUGAAGAUAUCUUGAAGAGGCCGACAAGUAAUAUUUUGAAUAUUUCGCGUUUUGCGAAUAACUUGAGGAGAUUAUCUGACGAUUGAAGGAAUUCAAUGGGAUUCCUGUUCUAGCUAUCCUAUGCUUUGAUCGUCCUGAACGGAUUCUCCGAAUCACUCAUUCGGGUGGAAUCUUCAUUCCCACUGCCUCGUGUUUCGCGGGUUGAAGAUCCUGAAGAGACUCGAGAGACUAGCCGGCGGAAUCUCGAUCUGUUCUACUUCGCGUGCACUUCGAUUAUUCUGAAGAGACUCCAAAUCCUUGGUGGAAUCUUCAUCUAUCGCUACUUUAAAUAUUCCGAAGAGAUUCGAAGUGUAUUCGCGGUAUGUGAUCUCGUCGAUAAUUCGACUUUGACAAUGACAGUGCCUCCUUUCGUCUCUUUUAAUCGUUAUCGGGUUCGCGAAUUCGCGUGAAACUCUCGGUCGCGAAGAACGACUUUCGCGAGUGUUGUAUCAGUGUUGCAUCUUCAUUCUCGAGGAAGCUGGUCUGAUGCGCUCCGUUACGAAGAUGAUACGUCACGUCAUCAUCGCUGUCUUACUUGCCGUGCUCGUCAAGGGAGCACCGAAAUCAUCGAUCAUUUACGCGGACGACACAGUGCAAAAUUAUCUGAUGAAAUUCGGUUACUUACCCCAGACUGAUUUUGAGACAGGAAAUCUGCGGACGGAAGACCAGCUCAGAGAUGCUAUAAAAAAUCUGCAGAAAUUCGGUGGUAUUCCCGUGACUGGGGAGCUCGACGAGGCGACAAAGAAAUUGAUGAAGGCCAAGAGAUGUGGAUUACCGGAUCAGCCGGAUUACAGAUUCAUGAAGACGAGGCACAAGCGUUUCACCAUCCACGGACAACAGUGGCAGUAUCGAAAUCUCACCUGGAGUCUGAGAACUGAGCAACCCAGCGGUCUGGACACAGGCGGAGUCCGACGAGAAUUGAGAAAUGCUCUCUACCUCUGGGAGAGAAAUUCGAAACUCACCUUCCAGGAGAUUAACAGCGACCACGCCGAUAUUCUGGUUUAUUUUCAUCGGGGUUAUCACGGAGAUGGAUAUCCGUUCGAUGGCAGAGGUCAGAUCCUGGCGCACGCGUUCUUCCCGGGCAAGGAUCGCGGCGGGGACGCUCACUUCGACGAGGAGGAGAUAUGGUUGCUGGAGAACGAUAGCAACGAGGAAGGCACCAGUCUGUUCGCGGUGGCCGCUCAUGAAUUCGGCCAUUCCCUGGGUCUGGCGCACAGCUCGGUCCAGGGUGCGCUCAUGUAUCCCUGGUACCAGGGAUUGAGCCCCAACUACGAGCUGCCAGAGGACGACCGACACGGGAUUCAGCAGAUGUACGGUGCUCCCGAGGGUAAGCUAUGGGCCAACAUACCGGGUGGUCCGCUACCACCGGAGCGACCACCACCCUCAACGACAACGACAACGACGACGACAAUCACGACGACGUACAGACCCUGGAGGACGAGGCCUACCAGGCCUAAUCAUUAUCCGGACGAUGGCAGGCCCCGACAACCGGGUCAUUAUCCGCAAAAACCCGACUAUCGGCAUAAAACCCAUCGUCAUCACGUGACAUGGUCGACGUCAACGACGACAACGACGACGAUGAGGCCUACGUCGAGGUUCAGGCAUCGAUGGACCCCACCGCAACGAAACGACGUGCCCGACAAAUGUGACACCAGCUACGAUGCCAUCAGCAUCAUUCGCAGGGAAGUCUUCAUCUUCAAAGGACGGUAUUUGUGGCGAAUAGGCGAUAAAGGAAUCUACGAGGGGUAUCCAGCGGAAAUCAUCAGGCUGUUCAACUUGCCACCAAGCACCGAUCACGUCGAUGCCGUGUAUGAACGUCCAGACAAAAAGAUAGUCUUUUUCAUCGGUCGUGAAUACUACGUUUUUAAUGCCAAUCAUCUGGAGCCGGGUUAUCCGAAACCAUUGACGCAUCUAGGAUUGCCAGCCUCCUUGGAGAAGAUCGAUGGCGCCAUGGUGUGGGGUCACAAUGGCAGAACUUACUUCUUUAGCGGUUCCAUGUAUUGGAGGUUCGAUGAAUCUGUUAAUUACGUGGAACUCGAUUACCCAAGAGACAUGAGCAUGUUCGCUGGCGUCGGGAAUGACAUUGAUGCCGUUUUCCAAUGGAAAAAUGGCAAGACGUACUUCUUUAAGGGUAGGUUUUGGGAGUUUGACGAUCUCAGGAUGAGAGUGGUACACGAGAAGCAGAAACUUUCGGCGCCAGUCUGGAUGGGUUGCCCUCCACCGGAAGUGGAGACCAAUGAUGUAGAAACCAAUCUGCCUAGAAAGUCGGCGAUCCUUUCAGUUUCCGCUGCCUCCGCGGGAAGAAUCAUGCCGAAUUUCACAAUGCGCAUGAUCAUUGCGAUCGUCGUCACAAGAAUAAUAUUAUUGCUGUAAUACACGUGUUCUAGCCGACGAACGGUAUUCGGAAACAGGAAUUUCGCAUAACACGAACAUCAGAAUUCGAAGGUGGGAACGUCGAUGCAAAUUGACGAUGCAGUUGAAAAUGAAAUAUUACGAUCGAAAUUCAAAACUUGCGUUUUGAUUUCACAACACAUCGAUUUCCUCGCCGAUCCUACCAAUGAAAAAAUCGCAAUUACGAUUCGAACAAAACUCGAAGAAUGAUAUCGAACUAAGUCACGAUAAAGCUUCACUUUUGAGAAGAUAUUUUUUUAAAAAGCUGAUGAAUCAUGGAAUACUGUGAUACGAUGUUACAUGAAAUGAAAAUGAUGGAAGUUUUUCACACAGCUAGAUUUUCUGUAUGUACAUAUUUUUAUAUCACUGAUAAAUAUAAUAUUUAUAUCGAUAAAUAAAAUUUUGUCCUCUCACAAAAGAGAAGCGUGUGACUUAGGUCUAUGUCAUCAUAUCGAUACUAACAUUUCCUAAAAAAAAUUGCGCCCCUGAGCUGCGCAUAUUUUUGAGCAUUUUUCUAUACCGUCUUUUUAUAUGGCCGCAUUUAUACAUAAAUCAAGUAAUUAAUUUAUCAUAUAAUUUAUAUUGCACGAUGGACGAACGAUUGAUUCUCGAAAGAAAACUAAUUCUUGAGGAUAUUUCACAGACAAUCUUGCGCGCGAUUCUUGCGAUUACAAACUACCACUGCCAAAUAAAUCCAUCCAACAUUUUUCGAUAUUCUUUUUUUGCUACAGAGAUUUUAAAUCGAAAUAGAAGGAUUCUUGUUAUUUCAAAGAUUAAUACGCGUCAUCAAUAAGAAACUCCGUAAUCGUGACGCGAUUAUUAUUAUUCGGACUCUUUCUCGAUGUGAGAUAAGAUAGCCGAUUCCGAUAAGAGCACGUAUUUUAUAUAAAUAUUGUAAUAUUGUAUUAAUACCGCAUAAUUUAGUGAAAGAGGACACAGGCAAAACGCAGUGUCGCCAGUUUUGUAAACUGUGAUAUUUAAAUACCGCGCGCGAUAUUUCGAAUAGUUAGGCAUAAUAUCAAAAGGGAGUAGCGUAAAAAACAAUCUUACAGAUUUAAUAUACGGUGCGGUGUAUCAGUGAAAUGCUUGUAUGAAUUUUGCGAGUGCAGCCUUUCAAUUUACUUAAUCCAAAAUCAAUUUUUUCUUAGUUGAAAGUUUCAAUGAUUUUGGUAUUAGAACUAGUACUUAAUAAAAAAUGGAGUAAAGAUAAAAAAAUCUUAUUUCGCAUUUAUUUUUAUUAAAUUUUGACUCG